AUGGUGAAUUGGAUUCUCGGAGACAAGUUCGACACUGUCUACCCUCACCAGGGGUCGAUCAAGCUCCUGUGGGAGGCGAAGUGGAAAAUCUGCGCCACGAAAUCCAUCUACCCAUUCCACGAUGGAGCCCUGGAAGACUUCGAGCCCGUUUUUGAAAAGCUGAUCGCUGAAAACAUCAACGACGCAGACACAGACGCGUACACCGAAGCCUUCCUCCCAACCGCAACAGCGCUAGAGAAAGAAGCCGACACAGCCCUCAGCAAUGGCCACGUCGACCGCGCCGCCGACCUCUAUCGACGCGCAGCAGUCAUCCUUCGCAUCUCGCGCUUCCCCUACGUAAGCCCAUCAACACGGCCCGAGACAUCCAUCAAGCGUGCCGCCUUCGAGCGCCAGAAGCAAGUGUACCUAAAAGCCACCUCUCUAUGGAAUCCCAUCCUCACAGAGGAAGUGAUUCCGAACACGCACCGCGCGGGUCGCGACGGCGCCGAAAUCCCGCUGUACAUCCGGCUGCCGGAGGAAGCGAGCGCUACCAACCGCGUCCCCGUCGUGCUGCUCAUGACCGGACUUGACGGCUACAGGCCUGACAACAGCCAGCGCUCCCACGAGAUCAUCAAUCGGGGCUGGGCGACGGUUAUUGUUGAGAUUCCCGGUACCGCGGACUCGCCUGCGGAUCCGGCCGACCCUGAGUCGCCUGAUAGGCUCUGGUCUAGCGUGCUGGAUUACAUGGACCGCCGGCCGGAGUUUGACAUGUCGCGUGUCGCGGCUUGGGGGCUUAGUGCUGGUGGCUUCUAUGCUAUUCGGGCGGCUUGUAUGCACCGUGAGCGUCUUGCGGGUUGUGUUGCUCAUGGACCUGGAUCGCACUUAGUUUUUAGUCCUGAGUGGUUGGCUAAGGCGAACGAUCAUGAGUAUCCGUUUGAGCUUACUUCCGCUAUGGCGGAGAAGUAUGGCUAUGACAAUGAGGAGGAGUUUGUGAAGAAUGCUCAGAAGAAGUUCUCGCUCGUGGAGACUGGCAUUCUUGACCAAGAUAACACCCGAUUGCUUAUGCUCAACGGCGUGGAUGACGGCGUUGUCCCGAUUGAAGACUGUAUUGAGCCUCUCAAGCAUGGCGGUCCUAAGGAAUGUCGGUUCUUCGAGAACCGGGUGCACAUGGGAUACCCUGACAGUCUGCCUGUGGCUUACAAGUGGUUGGAGAGUGUGCUAUCUCCUAAUAAGAAGGACGUGAAGAACUGA